ACGCUGUUUGUUAUUUGAUAGAAGAUCAGUUUGGCCAGGCAAUUAUUGCAAUAAUUUUCUCUUGAAGUAGGGUAUACUAUUUGUUGUCGAAACUCAUUUUCUACGCUAGGAUAUUGAAAGUUUGCGACUUUUCACAUUGCUUUUUGUUUCGGGCUUUAAAUGGAGAGGGGGACAGGCUAUUUACCAAUAGACUAACUUGCCUUAAUUCCUAUUAAAUAAAUAAUGGACAGAUUUUUUUUAAAGGAAGGAAACAUUUCACUUCAGGUUAUCUUGAUUUGUUCCCUCUUACCCUCCAGAUAUUGAGCAAAUAAGUAUUGACUAAGCAAAUCACUGACUACACAGUAUUAUUCUCGGGCACCGUACGAUAAUAACUGUAGCCCUGACGUUUGCUACAAAUAAUAUUGAAAAGAGAAGAAAUCAUUAUUCGGAUUGGUUAUAAAUGUAUAUUAAGUGUUGUCGACGUUAUUUGAGGUGCAAUUCAAAGACGAAGAAGAAGAAUAGAAGUGUCAGGUGAUUUCAUCAACACGAGGAACCAUCUGGUGAUUGCAUCGCUAAGUUUACCCUGCUCCUGCGUGUUAUCCCUAAACUCCAGUGGAAGGGAGGAAGAGAAGGUGUAGCAGCACCGGUGCAGUGGCCCUCGCCUGAUAAAUGUCUACCUGCGCUGACAUUUUUAUGGGUCUUCAUCAGCCAAAGCUGCUCUGUGAGGCAGAUCUCCCAGGUGGAUCGUAGCAACGCGUCAACUCUAAUAGAGCCUCCCCCAGUCCACUCCCCAGCCAUCUGACAGACCCAACAAACAUCAAAGGAGCAGAGCCCCAGUAACCAGACGUCUCUGGCCAUGAUGCAGGAGCCCCAGGAGAUGGUGGAGGAGACGGUCACCAUUGAGGAGGACCCUGGCACGCCCACCUCCCACGUUUCCGUAGUCACCUCCGACGACGGCACCACGCGACGCACAGAAACCAAGGAUAUGUCAACUAACCUGAAGGUGACCAGGUUGAUCAAAACCAUCACCCGCCACACUUACCUGCCAGUGACCAUCAUCGAGACCCCGGUGGUGCCGGAAGUUUCCAUCUCACCGCAGUCCAAACCCAGCACCUCUUCUCCCACCCCGUCACAGACAGACACAGUGACGAAGAUGGUGAAGACGGUGACCACGCGGACGGUUCGACAGGUGCCCCUGGGCCCCGACGGCCUGCCCCUACCCGAGGGCUCCUCCCCGCUGGGCAGCUACACAGACUCCAUCGACCGGCGCUACCUGAAGAACGGCGAGCGCUAUAUCACCACGCCGCAGGCCACCUCCACGCUCACACGCUCCUACAACAACUACAACGACUCCUACACCGACACGCUCCCCCCCGAUGCUGGCGGGAGCCAUUAUGGUGGGCGCCACUAUGGCCUCCACGACGGCUAUGGGAUUGGAGACGUGACAGACAACUACGGCAGCCUGUCGCGUGGCGUCAACUUCCGGCCGCCCCGCUAUCCCUACGCCAUGGCUAACAGCUACCGGACGGAGAACAGCUACGGGACCUUACCCAUUCGGAAGGAUGACUACGGCCACGUGGCCCAGCCUCAGGUGCCCAUGGGCAGCAGCAGUGUGGACCUGAACCGGUCCCAGCCAGAACGCUUCCAGCCAGAGCCCUACGGACUGGAGGACGACCGCCGCAGCCUGGGCCCUGAGGAGGAGGAGCCCUAUGACCUGGACCCUGACUACUCCACCGCCAGCCGGCGCCAAGGCACGCUGCCUGGCACCAACCGCGGCAGGACCGUGAGAGAGCCACUCCGUGACGGGCCACGUGUCAGGGGGUACGAUGACCCCAUCGAGGCAGAGCUGGUUGACGAGCGACACCCCUACAUCCAUGGCAUGUACGCGGCCCCCCUGGCCCAGCCCGAGAGGGGGAGCAUGGCCAGCCUGGACCGCCUGGCUGGCCGCCGCUCGCCCUCCAUAGACAGCAUCCGCAAGGACCCGCGCUGGCGUGACCCUGACCUGCAAGAGGUCAUCGCCAUGCUGGGACACCCUAUCGACCCGGUCAAGUCCAACGCCGCCGCCUACCUGCAGCACCUGUGCUACGAGAACGACAAGAUCAAGAAGGAUGUGCGCCAGCUGAAGGGGAUCCCUGUGCUGGCAGGGUUGCUGGACCACCCCAAGGCUGAGGUCCACCGCAAGGCCUGUGGAGCCCUGAGGAACAUCUCCUACGGCAAGGACCACGACAACAAGGUGGCCAUCAAGAACUGCGAUGGUAUCCCAGCCCUCAUCCGCCUGCUGAGGAAGACCAACGACAUGGAGGUCCGUGAGCUCAUCACAGGGACCCUGUGGAACCUGUCUUCCUAUGAGCCUCUGAAGAUGGUGAUUAUAAACCACGGGCUUCAGACUAUGACCAACGAGGUCAUCAUCCCCCACUCAGGCUGGGAGCACGAGCCCAACGAGGACUCCAAGCCCCGCGACGCAGAGUGGACCACCGUCUUCAAGAACACUUCUGGUUGUCUGAGGAACGUGAGUUCGGACGGGGCCGAGGCGAGGCGCAGGCUGAGGGAGUGUGAGGGGCUGGUGGACGCUCUGCUUCACGCCCUGCAGUCAGCUGUGGGGAAGAAAGACAUGGACAACAAGUCUGUGGAGAACUGUGUGUGUAUCAUGAGGAACCUGUCCUACCACGUUCACAAGGAGAUCCCAGGGGCCGAGAAGUUCACAGACCCAUCAGUGCUGCAGGCCCCGGGCUCUGUGGGCCCUCAGAGGAAGAAGAAGGACGACGCAGGCUGCUUCGGAGGGAAGAAGGCCAAAGAGGAGUGGUUUAAUCAAGGCAGGAAAAACGGAGAGAAUGCCAAAAGCUACGACACGCUGGAUCUCCCCAAACGCACUGAACCCACAAAAGGUUUUGAGCUGCUGUACCAGCCAGAGGUAGUGAGGCUGUACCUGUCUCUGCUCACUGAGAGCCAGAACUACAACACUCUGGAGGCUGCAGCAGGGGCCCUGCAGAACCUCAGUGCCGGACAGUGGACCUGGUCCAACUACAUACGAGCCACUGUGAGGAAGGAGAAGGGUCUUCCCAUCCUGGUGGAGCUGCUGCGUUCUGAUGCUGACAAGGUGGUCCGAGCCGUGGCCAUCGCCCUGCGUAACCUCUCCAUCGACCGCCGCAACAAAGACCUGAUCGGGAGCUAUGCCAUGAGGGACCUGGUGAGUAACCUGCCCAGUGGUCAGCAGCGGCCAGCUAAGAACCUGGAGGAAGACACAGUGGUGGCCAUCCUCAACACCAUCCACGAGAUCGUGACGGACAGCUCUGAGAACGCACGCUCCCUCAUCCAGGCCCAGGCCAUCGAGAAACUGGUGGCCAUCAACAAGACAAGCCAAUCACCACGUGAGAACAAGGCUGCCUCCCAUGUGCUGCAGACGGUGUGGAGCUACAAGGACCUGAGGAACGCCCUGACCAAGGAAGGAUGGAAUAAGAGCCACUUCCAGUCUACAGCAAGCGGCGCCCCUAAAGCAGCCAAGAAUGGCAAACCAGGCUACGACGACACUACCCUGCCCCUGAUGGAGAAGAACCAAGGUCAGUCUGUGACAGCAGGCGAGACUGGGGAUCCUCCGGGCCUGGCCUACUGUGGUGAACUGAGCACCAAGAAAAAUGGAAGUGGUGAUAUGAUACCUAUGGACGAGCUUGGUCCAGAUGGCUACUCCACCAUCGACCAGAGAGACAAGGACUGCAAGUACAAGAGUAGUGGCGACGGGUCAGUGGACCUGACAGACCGGGAGCCAUUGAAGAAUGAGACAAAUACGAAGCACUAUGUCAGGAGUAACAGGCCUGCAGUCAAUCUGGUGGAUGCUUGUGACGUUAAACCUCAGCCUGUUGACUCCUGGGUCUAAAUGCAUGCAUGGCUUAAAUAACAACAGCGCAACAUCUCAACUAGAUGAGGAUUUCCCACGUCAUCACUGCCAUAACACAUGGAGCUUAUUUUGAUGUUGACUCGUCAGCAGAUAGACUUUGUAAAUGAAAGAGAGAGAAACAAAACAACAAAAAAUGAUCAUCCAUCAGCCAAUGUUUCAUGCUUUUUGAAUCAGCAAAUGAAAUGUAUAGAACAGAAAAUCAAAAGAAUGACUACUUCUACUACUACUCAUAUCUACAUUCCCACUGGAUGGACAAACAUAGUGUACACGAACAUGAGGACUGACUGGAGCAGCUCUGGUGUCAGGAUGGAAGAAUGGAGGCAGUUAUCCUCCUCGGGAUACAAGUGUUCUAAAGCUCUGUCUUUACACUUACUCUAAGGAUGAUCGGUGGUGGUGUGAGGCAGGAGAGAACGUUAUGUUUGUUGAUUCUACUGCUUGCAAAGGUGGAGGGAAAGGGGAAAGAGAAAAUUGAACUAUUUAAUUUUCAUGUCAAAAUGAAGUUUGCUUCCAAUUGUUUAUUUCCAUGUAACAAUUUAGCUUUUUGUUUCCAUUUUUAUUUUUGUUUGUCUUUCCUCAAGGCACUGUAAAUUGUAUUUGUUUGUAAUAUUGUUUUUCUUUUGCUGAUCUGUCUUUUUCAUUUUAGUUUGAAGAAGUGUGGACUAUUGUGGUAGAUGGCAGAUGAAUGUUGGUGUGGUUUUAAGUUGGGGACUUGAUGAGCGUCGCUUAAAGGAGCUGUAACAGACUCCACACAUGCGCUUACAGACUCCACACAUGCGCUUUUCACACGCGAAGGCUGUCAAACACAUUUGUCAUACAAUGGUUCACUGUGUUUCUUUAAGUGCACUGGGAUCAUUGCUGUGCAACUCAUAGGGGACUGACUGGGUGCUGAUUCAGUUCAUAAACCCACAAGAAUUUCACACACCUGCAAGUGUUGAUUGGAGUUAGGGAAGUGAAAUGACAUGUACAUUUGGUUGGGUUACUUAUAGCUGUUGAGUAAAACAAAAUGAAAAUAUAUUUUCUGAAUCGAUACAGUCGUGGUUGUUUGCUGAAGGAAUAUGAUUUACUCGGUUGGUUGCUGUUUGCCAUUGAUAUGUAAUAAAGUUGAAUAGGAUAUAAGACAUUUUGUUUAUAAAUGGAUUGCGUUUAUGAAGGAAGGGAGAGGAUUAUGUCAAGUACACUGAACAAAAAUAUAAACAAUUUCAAAGAUUUUGCUGUUACAGUUCAGAUAUGGAAAUCGGUCCAUUUAAAUAAAUUCAUUGGGCCCUAAUCUAUGGAUUUCACAUGACUGGGCAGGGGUGCAGCCAUGGGUGGGCCUGGGAGGGCAUAGGCUCACCCCUUUGGAGCCAGGUCCACCCACUGUCGAGCCAGGCCCAGUCAAUCAGAAUGAGUUUUACCCCACAAAAGUGCUUUAUUACAGACAGAAAUAACCCCCCCCCCUUCUGAAGAAGCUGGGUGUGGAGGGGCUGGGGUGGUUACACGUGGUCUGUGGUUGUGAGGCUGAACGUACUGCCAAAUUCUCUAAAACUACAUUGGCGGUUUAUGGUAGAGAAAUUAACAUUAUCUGAAAACAGCUCUGGUGGACAUU